AUGACUAAAUCGAUGAUCCAGACCUGCGUGCCAUUAGUCACGCUACUUCCAACAGUGCUCAAUUUCAUUCUAUUAACGCAGCCCGAGUUCCCAAGCAGGGAUGCAAUCACGAUGGCGGCUAUGCUUUGUAUGAGUUUUUAUGGGAAUCUGACAGUUCUUACGACAUUUGCUAUCUACAAGCCUUAUCGUGUUUACUUGCAAAGGGUUGUUUUUGGAAGAACGAUGCGACGGGAUACGAUCAUCUUUAUGGAAUCGAAGAUAAAUAUU